UGGUCCAAAAUUUUCAUCAAUUUUUGUUUUCUUUUUUGUUUUAUAUAUUAAAAAAGGAAAAAAAGAAAGUCAAAUGAGAGAUUCAAUAGAAGCCAGCCUAGUUGGAAAAGCCCCCAAGAGAGAUACUUUCCUCUUGUAUAAGAAGAUCCCUCUUUUAUAGAAUCUACCUCUAAUAAUAACUAUCGCCAUUACUCUUCCACACUCUCUCUUUAGUCCCAUAUAUAUAUACAUACACUACAGGACUAUAAAAGAUUGAUUACAGAGAACUAAAAACACAAAUAGGAAAAAAAUAAUUUUAAUUUUAAUUUUUUUUUUCAUUUAAAUUUUGAAUUAAUAAGAUGGACAUGGAAGAGCGGAAGCCAAAGGCACUAACUCGGCUCAACACGUUCGUCGCCAACAGCCGAGUCGGAAAGCGAUUCAAACUCACCGAACGAAAUUCCAACUUCACCACCGAGUUAAGAGCCGGAACGGCUACUUUCCUCACCAUGGCUUACAUCCUAGCCGUCAACGCAUCUAUCCUCACCGACUCCGGGGGUCCUUGCAGCGUCUCCGACUGCAUCCCUCUCUGUUCCGACCCUUCCAUCCCUGUCUCAAGCUGUACAAGUUCAAAUCUCACGGUUAUACAACCCGACUCGUCGUGCAAGUUCGAACCGGUCAACCCGGGUUACGCCGCUUGUUUAGAGGUAUUACGGAAAGAUUUGAUAGUGGCCACCGCGGCUUCGUCCCUGAUCGGCUGCCUCAUAAUGGGAAUCUUCGCGAAUCUUCCUCUUGCUCUGGCUCCUGGAAUGGGUAUCAACGCUUACUUCGCUUAUACCGUAGUCGGGUUUCACGGGUCGGGUAAUGUCUCGUACGAGAGUGCGUUAACCGCCGUUUUCAUCGAAGGCUUAAUCUUCUUACUCAUCUCGGUAGUUGGAUUUCGUACUAAACUUGCUAAACUGAUCCCGAAACCGAUUCGGAUAAGCUCCUCCGCCGGAAUCGGACUCUUCCUGGCCUUUAUCGGACUACAAAACAACCAGGGAAUCGGGUUAAUUGCGUACGAUUCCUCGACUCUUGUCACAAUCGGAGCCUGUCCUCCCUCCGAACGCGUAUCGCUCGCACCCGUGCGGACGUUAGUUAACGGAACGGUAGCUCUGAUCGAAGGCGGAGGUGUGUCGGGAGCGAUCAUGUGCAGCCGAGGACGAAUGGAAAGCGCCACAUUUUGGCUGGCAAUGGUGGGUUUCGUUAUAAUUGCUUACUGCCUGAUCAAAAACGUUAAGGGGGCAAUGAUAUACGGCAUCGUUUUCGUAACGGCCGUUUCGUGGUUCCGAAACACUAGCGUGACGGCGUUUCCCAACACCGUUUCGGGAGAAACGGCGUACCGUUACUUCAAACAGAUUGUUGACGUUCACCCAAUACAAAAAACUUUAGGGGCAUUGAGUUUCAAGAACAUGGGUAAAGGACAUCUUUGGGAAGCUCUCGUCACGUUUCUAUACGUAGAUAUACUAUCAACUACCGGGACUCUGUAUUCCAUGGCGAGUUUCGCUGGUUUCUCAGACGAAAAUGGCGAUUUCGAAGGUCAAUACUUCGCUUUCAUGUCCGACGCCACGUCAAUCGUGGCUGGGUCCUUACUAGGCACGUCACCCGUAACGGCGUUUAUCGAAUCGUCUACGGGAAUAAGAGAAGGUGGGCGAACGGGACUGACGGCGAUCACGGCGGGUGGUUACUUUCUGUUAGCCUUUUUUUUUACGCCGUUAUUGGCUUCUAUACCAGCUUGGGCAGUGGGACCACCGUUGAUUUUGGUGGGUGUUUUGAUGAUGAAAUCAGUAAAGGAUAUUAAUUGGGAAGACAUGAGAGAAGCCAUCCCAGCUUUCAUUACGUUGAUUUUAACACCGUUGACUUACUCGAUUGCUUAUGGGCUGAUCGGAGGAAUCAGUACCUAUGCUGUGUUAAAUUUAUGGGAUUGGUGUUCUACACUAUUGGCAAAAUUUGGAAUUGUUAAGAGAGUAGAAGAAAAUCAAAAUGGAUCUAUUGUUGUUGGUGGGGUAAAUGGGUCACAUAAUCAUCAUUCUAUUGAAGAUGCAACAGUAAAGGCGAUUCAAGUUUAAGCUUUUUUAGAAUUUCAUACAACAACAUUAGUAGCAGAGCAUAGGUUGUAUUUUUUUUUUUCUUUACCACUUCAUAUAAAAGUUCAAAGUAUCUUAUAAUUUUUCUUUUUUAGGAAAUUAUUUGGUAGGAAAAUUUUUAUUCAUUUUAAUUCUGUGUAAAUGGUAUUUAGUUUGUACUGUCUUGUAUGUAUAUGAUUUUUUUUUUAAUCUUUUUUCACCUA